AGUCUUUCGAAAUAGAGCAAAAACAUCACAUGCCGAAAUCAAUAAGACAUGCUUUUGGUCAACGAGGUGACGCAAUAGUACGCGCUUGAUGUAUAAUAGUCACGCACGUGCGUUAAUAUACCCUAAAUUAAGUUAAAGCUUUUUUUUUUGGUUGUGAUUUGUCCACCAUCCCAACUGGAUGCAGACACAUCUCAUUUCACUAGCACCCCAGACCGUCUGUGCAGGCCUGCGAAGUCUUCAAACACUUAUCAGGCGUCAGAAAGUCUCCAAAGUGUGGAGAUCCCAUUCUGUCUCGUCACGCUUUGAGCGUCAACCUCCACCCGUAUGCUUGUUUAAUUUUCCCAGGGGAAUCUGUCAUUUUUCCUCGGUUUCCCCCAAACACGACCUCCCACGACACCAUCGUCCCCGGCUUCACUUCCAUCAGCGUUUCUCCAGCGAGCCCGACAUGGCGGAGCAGAGGUUCAUCGUGGAAUACGCCAAGCGCGGCACCGCGGGCUGUAAGAAGUGCAAGGACAAGAUCCAGAAGUCCGUGGUUCGCAUCGGGAAGGUGGUGCCCAACCCCUUCAGCGAGUCCGCGGGCGAGAUGAAGGAGUGGUACCACGUCAAGUGCAUAUUCGAGAAGCUGGAGCGGGCGAGGGCCACCACGAAGAAGAUUGAGGACAUCACGGACUUGGAGGGCUGGGAGGAGCUGCAGGACGAAGACAAGGAGCUCGUCAAUAAACACGUUUCAGACCUGAUGGCCAAAGUCAACGCGAGUCCAAAGAAGAAGGUGCAAGCCAAGAUGAACACAAGCGGUCUGCUGAUGUCUCCUCCCACCGACCCAUCUGUCAACGCCCCGCGCAAGUUUUCAGGCUUCACGGCUGCAAAGGCCGGCGCCUCCAGCGGCGCGGGACCGUCGUCUGCCGCCUCCCCCGCCAAAGCCAGCCAAGGCAGCCCCCUGUCCGCCCAGCUCUGCGACCCCCAGCACAAGGACUGCCUCCUCAGGGAGUUCAGGAAGCUCUGCGCCACGGUGGCCGAACACAACAGCUACAACGUGAAGACGCAGAUAAUCGAGAAGUAUAUCAAGAAGGGCACGGGUGGAGACAAGUUCCACGGAGACCUUUACCUGACGGUGAAGCUGCUGCUGCCCGGCGUCGUGAAGAGCGUCUAUAACCUGAACGACAAGCAGAUCGUCAAACUCUUCAGCCGCAUAUUCAGAUGCAACCAGGACGACAUGGUGCGCGACCUGGAGCAGGGCGACGUGUCUGAGACGGUGAGGAUGUUCUUCGACGAGAGUAAAUCGUUUCCUCCCGCUGCCAAGAGCCUGCUGACCAUCCAGGAGGUGGACGCGUCUCUGACCCGCCUUGCCCAGCUGACCAAGGAGGACGAGCAGCAGACCGAGCUGGAGGAGGUUGCCAAAAAAUGCACCAGUAACGACCUGAAGUGCAUCAUUAGACUCAUCAAGCACGACUUGAAGAUGAACUCCGGAGCCAAACACGUCUUGGACGCCGUGGACCCGAACGCCUACGACGCCUUCAAGGCCUCGCGGAAUCUGGGCGACGUGAUCGAACGGGUGCUGAGGAACCAGCAGGACGCGUCCAACGGUUCGGGGCCCCGGAAGCUGCUCACGGUCGAGGCCUCGCUCAUGACGCCCGUCCAGCCCAUGUUGGCGGAGGCGUGUAAAUCCGUCGAGUACGCUAUGAAGAAGUGUCCCAACGGGAUGUACUCGGAGAUCAAGUACGACGGCGAGCGCGUGCAGGUCCACAAGAGCGGAGACGUCUUCAGCUACUUCAGCCGCAGCCUCAAGCCCGUGCUGCCGCAUAAGGUGGCCCACUUCAAAGAAUACAUCCCUCAGGCGUUUCCCGGCGGCCACAGUAUAAUCCUGGACGCCGAGGUCCUGCUCAUCGACACCAACACCAGCAAACCGCUGCCCUUCGGGACCCUGGGGGUUCACAAGAAAGCAGCGUUCCAAGAUGCCAAAGUCUGCCUCUUUGUUUUCGACUGCAUCUACUUCAACGGUGUCAGUCUCAUGGAGAGGCCUCUGAGCGAACGCAGGAAGUUCCUGCACGACAACAUGGUGGAAGUUCCCAACAGGAUCCUGUUCUCCGAGAUGAAGCACGUGACGAGAGCAGGAGAUCUGGCCGACAUGAUCACCCGUGUCAUCAGAGAGGGACUCGAAGGCCUCGUGCUCAAAGACGUAAAGGGCUCCUAUGAACCGGGGAAGCGCCACUGGCUGAAGGUGAAGAAGGACUACCUGAACGAGGGAGCGAUGGCCGACACGGCCGACCUGGUGGUGCUCGGGGCGUUCUACGGAAAAGGCUCCAACGGGGGCAUCAUGUCCAGUUUCCUGAUGGGCUGCUACGACCCCGACUCCAGGAAGUGGUGCACCGUCACCAAGUGCUCGGGAGGCUACGACGACGCCACGCUGGCCCGACUCCAGAAGGAGCUGGACGUGAUCAAAAUCAGCAAGGAGCCGAGCAAAAUCCCAGGCUGGUUGAAAAUCAUCAAGAACUAUUAUCCCGAUUUCAUUAUCCGCGAUCCUGAGCGAGCGCCGGUCUGGGAGAUCACCGGCGCCGAGUUUUCCAAGUCCGAGAUGCACACGGCCGACGGGAUCUCCAUCCGCUUCCCGCGCAUGACGCGCAUCCGCGACGACAAGGACUGGAAGAGCGCCACCAACCUGCACCAGCUCAAGGAGCUGUUCCGCAUAUCGAAGGAGAACUGCGACUUCACGGUGACGGCGGGACCGUCCGACGACAAGGGCUCGUCGGGAGGCGACAGCGGAGGGAACUCGCCGCCGGUGACGUCGUCGUCGUCGUCGUCGUCGUCCCGCGGAGGCAGCGGGGCGGCUCCUGCCAAGAGGCCCAGCGGCGUUGGCGGCGGCGCCACACCUAAGCCGAAGGCGGUGAAGUCUCAGCCCCGCACGCCCGCCCCGGAGGCGACCUCAGCCAAGAAGGUGAAGAAGAGCGAGAGCGUCGCCCACAGCAACGGGCAGGCGAGCGCGAAGGCCACGUCGCAGCGGCUGGAGCCCAGAAACGACAAGACGCUGAUGGACAUCUUCAGCGGCGUGAAGCUCUUCCUGCCCGUGUCCGUGCAGGACUCUGACAAACUGCGGCGCUACUUCGUGGCGUACGACGGCGACCUGGUCGAGGACUACGAGGCCGCCGGCGCCACGCACACGCUGGCCGAGCCCGAGGAGAACAGCCAGGCCCGGAGAGUCUCGCCCAGCUGGAUCUGGGAAUGUAUCCGCAAGAGGCGCGUCGUUCCUCCCUGUUAACAAUAACAAUAAAAACAUUAACAAAAACAUACAUUUUUACACUGCAUCUACGUGAACUGAACAUCAGCGCAACUUCAUGUGAAACCGUAUGAACUGGGUUGAUUAUCAUUUCUAUUUAUUCUUUUGGAGGCGUUUGUUCGCGUCCAGGACACAUUUACUUUUUGGAGUUUUACUUUUUGGCCAAUUCAAGAAAAAUUGGGGGAAAAAAAUUGUGAAUGUUGGUGACGGAUGUAGAGUUUUGUUUUUGUAUUUUUAGAAAAAAAAAAAAUCACAACAAUGUUGUUAAAACAGCGACACACAAGAUGAGAUCAUGGGAUUCUUUUUUACCAGAAACAUGUAUUUUUUACUGACAGAGCAAAAAAACAUUUUGUGACCUAUGGAACCUGGGAACAGACGUGAGGAAUAAAAAAAAGAAUAUGUUGAUCACAAAAA